CUGUCAGUACAGAAGUUCUGGGCUGCCUGCCUCAGGCAACUCACCGGCCAGUCAGCUCUCACCUACCAUAGCCACGCUCCAGACCUCAGUGGGGCAGGAGCAUUUCUACCUCCCCAAAUACCUGCCACUUGGCCCCUCGGAGAGAUGGCAGUGGAUACCACAAGAAGCCAAGCCCAGACAGCUUUGACUCUGGUGGAACAGAUCCUGGCAGAGUUCCAGCUGCAGGAGGAGGACUUGAAGAAAGUGAUGAGACGAAUGCAGAAGGAGAUGGACCGUGGCCUAAAGCUAGAGACCCACGAGGAGGCCAGUGUGAAGAUGUUGCCCACUUACGUGCGCUCCACCCCAGAAGGCUCAGAAGUUGGGGACUUCCUCUCCCUGGACCUGGGCGGCACCAACUUCAGGGUGAUGCUGGUUAAGGUGGGGGAGGGUGAGGCGGGGCAGUGGAGCGUGAAGACCAAGCACCAGAUGUACUCCAUCCCCGAGGACGCUAUGACGGGCACAGCCGAAAUGCUCUUUGACUACAUCUCCGAGUGCAUCUCUGACUUCCUGGACAAGCAUCAGAUGAAGCACAAGAAGCUGCCCCUGGGUUUCACCUUCUCCUUUCCUGUGAGGCAUGAAGACAUUGACAAGGGCAUCCUUCUCAACUGGACCAAGGGCUUCAAAGCCUCGGGAGCAGAGGGGAACAACAUCGUGGGGCUUCUACGGGAUGCCAUCAAACGGAGAGGAGUGAGGGAGCAUCUGUGCCUUCCCAGGGGCUGCCCUGGACCCCACCAUACCAGCACUGCUGGCAUAUCUCCCAUCCCCCAUCGCCCCACCCUCUGUGCUUCUUGGCAGGACUUUGAGAUGGAUGUAGUGGCGAUGGUAAAUGACACGGUGGCCACAAUGAUCUCCUGCUACUAUGAAGACCGCCAGUGUGAGGUCGGCAUGAUUGUGGGCACAGGCUGCAAUGCCUGCUACAUGGAAGAGAUGCAGAAUGUGGAGCUGGUGGAAGGGGACGAGGGCCGAAUGUGUGUCAACACCGAGUGGGGCGCCUUCGGAGACUCUGGCGAGCUGGACGAGUUCCUGCUGGAGUAUGACCGCCUGGUGGACGAGAGCUCCGCGAACCCCGGUCAGCAGCUGUACGAGAAGCUCAUCGGCGGCAAGUACAUGGGCGAGCUGGUGCGGCUCGUGCUACUCAGGCUAGUGGACGAGAACUUGCUCUUUCAAGGGGAGGCUUCUGAGCAGCUGCGCACGCGCGGUGCCUUUGAAACGCGCUUCGUGUCACAGGUGGAGAGCGACUCGGGAGACUACAAGCAAAUCCACAACAUCCUGAGCACACUGGGGCUUCGGCCCUCCACCACCGACUGUGACAUCGUGCGCCGUGCCUGUGAGAGCGUGUCCACGCGCGCCGCACACAUGUGCUCGGCCGGGUUAGCGGGCGUCAUCAACCGCAUGCGCGAGAGCCGCAGCGAGGAGGUGAUGCGCAUUACCGUGGGUGUGGACGGCUCCGUAUACAAGCUGCACCCCAGCUUCAAGGAGCGGUUCCACGCCAGCGUGCGCCGGUUGACGCCCAGCUGCGAGAUCACCUUCAUCCAGUCAGAGGAGGGCAGCGGCCGGGGGGCGGCCCUGGUCUCCGCAGUGGCCUGUAAAAAGGCCUGCAUGCUGGGACAGUGAGAGCAGAGGCCACAGGGGCUGGGAGGAGGCGGCGGCCCACUGGACCUGGACCCCAAGGGGACAGCACUUCCCACAGGUGCUCCCAGCCUGGCCUAGGCAGAAGGCCUGGUCAUGUCAGAACCCUGGACACCUCCCAGUCCCAACAGGGAAGGAGGAACCCAGCAGGCCUCUUCUUUGAGUCAGUCAGUGGGACAGACCCAGGGCCUGGACUGGUCAGGGGGAUGGGGCACAAGAACAGAUUCCUGCAGCUCCUCUCCUUUCUUGCUGGAAUCAGCUACCCAGACCGGAGUUGCUCACUCAGGACUUCCUUGCCUCUCCACACUGGCAGCCUCUCAGAGUUGUCAGCUUGGCUUGGGCACCAGCUCUCAGAAGGGGGUGCCCUCUGGACCCUUCUGUGGCCUGACUCCCCUUGAAGUGCCUCCUAUGGGAAGGCAGCUACAGCAACUCUGCCAUGCCUAGGCCUGGGCCCCACAAGAGCCAAGGGCAGCUGACACCCAGGCCUGGUUGUUCUCUUGCCUGUGGCUUAAGAGGUCCAAGAAGCAAUGGGUGGACGCUCCAUGGAGGAGGUAUCCCAGGCUGUGGGUACCCCCAGAGACCUUUUCCCAUGCUUAACGCCCAUCCAGAAUGGUUUGUGCUUCUGGGAUAAACCCUCACAGCAGUUGCAAGAGACAGAACCCCAAGGCCCUUGCUAUGAAGGGGAGGAGGACCAGCCCUUCACUGGCAAGAGCCCCCUACCUGCUUCCAAAGGCAGGGUGGCAUCUUCAGCUCCCAUGGCACUGGCUCAGGAAGAAUGGUUUAUGCUUCUGGGAUGAACCGUCACAGCAGUUGCCAGAGACAGAGCCCCGAAGCCCUUGCCAUGAAGGGGAGGAGGACCAGCCCUUCACUGUCAGGAGCCCCCUACCUACUUCCAAAGACAGGGUGGUAUCUUCAGCUCCCAUGGCACUGGUUCAGGAAGAAGCCCCAAACAGCGCUCAGCACACCCCCUGGGGGCCACCCAAGCCCUUCCUCUUGUCCUCACCAGACCUCUCAUAUGCCAUGCCACCUUCUCCAUGCCUGGCUGUGGGCAUGGACUGUGUGGGUUUUUUAAUUAAAAAUUUAAAAGUUUUAAA